AUGGACGUGGACGUGGACGUGGAGGACUUGGACGUGGACAUGGACGUGGAUGUGGACGUGGACGUGGACAUGGACGUGGACAUGGACGUGGACGUGAACGUGGACGUGAACGUGGACGUGGACAUGGACGUGGACGUGGACGUGGACGUGGACGUGGACGUGGACCUGGACGUGGACGUGGACGUGGACGUGGUUGUGGACGUGGACGUGGACAUGGACGUGGACGUGGACGUAGAGGUGGAGGACUUGAACGUGGACUGGACGUGGACAGAUGGAGGACUUGAACUUCGACUGGACGUGUACGUGGACGUGGACGUGAACGUAGACAUGGACGUGGACGUGGACGUGGACGUGGACAUGGACAUGGACGUGGACGUGGACAUGGACGGGGACGUGGACGUCGAAGUGGACGUGGACAUGAAGAUGGACGUGGACGUGGACAUGGACGUGGACGUGGACGUGGACAUGGACAUGGAUGUGGACAUGGACGUGGACGUGGACGUGGACGUGGACGUGGAGGUGGACGUGGACGUGGACAUGGACGUGGACGUGGACGUGGACGUGGACGUGGACAUUGUCAUGGACGUCGACAUGGACAUGGACGUGGAGGUGGUCGUGGACGUUGACAUGGACGUGGACGUGGACAUGGAGGUGGACGAGGACGUGGACGUGGAUGUGGACGUGGAUGUGGACGUGGACAUGGAUGUGGACGUGGACGUGGACAUGGACGUGAACGUGGACGUGGACGUGGACGUGGACGUGGACGUGGACAUGAACGUGGAAGUGGACGUGGACAUGAACGUGAACAUGGACGUGGACAUGGACGUGGACGUGGAUGUGGACGUGGACGUGGACCUGGACGUGGACGUGGACAUGGAGGUGGACGAGGACGUGGACGUGGACGUGGACGUGGACGUGGACGUGAACGUGGACGUGGACGUGGAUGUGGACGUGGACGUGGACGUGGACGUGGACGUAGUCGUGGACGUGGACGUGGACAUGGAUGUGGACGUGGACUUGGACGUGGACGUCGACGUGGUUGUGGACGUGGACGUGGACAUGGAGGUGGACAUGGACGUAGAGGUGGACAUGGAUGUGGUCGUGGACUGGACAGAUGGAGGACUUGAACGUGGACUGGACGUCGACGUGGACGUGGACGAGGACGUGGACGUGGACAUGGACCUGGACGUGGACGUGGACGUGGACGUGGCCAUGGACGUGAACGUGGACGUGGACAUGGACGUGGACGUGGACGUGGACGUGGACAUGGACGUGGACGUGGACGUGGACAUGGAGGUGGACGUGGACGUGGACAUGGACGUGGACGUGGACGUGGACGUGGACGUGGACAGGGACGUGGACAUGGACGUGGACGUUGAGGUGGAAGUGGACGUGGACAUGGACGUGGACGUGGACGUAGACAUUGUCGUGGACGUCGACGUGGACGUGGACGUGGACGUGGUCGUAGACGUGGAUGUAGACGUAGACGUGGACGUGGACGUGGACAUGGACGUGGACGUGGACGUGUACGUGGACGUGGACGUGGACGUGGACGUGGACAUGGACGUGGACGUGGACGUGUACGUGGACGUGGACGUGGACGUGGACGUGGACGUAGACGUGGAGGACUUGGACGUGGACGUGGACGUGGACGUGGACGUGGACGUGGAUGUGGACGUGGACGUGGACGUGGAGGUGGACGUGGACGUGGACAUGGCUGUGGACGUGGACGUGGACGUGGAGGACUUGGACGUGGACAUGGACAUGGACAUGGACGUGGACGUGGACGUGGACGUGGACGUUGACGUGGACAUGGACGUGGACGUGGACGUGGACGUGGACAUGGACAUGGACGUGGACAUGGACGUGGACGCGGACGUGGAUAGGGAAGUGGACCUGGACGUGGACGUGGACAUUGACGUGGACAUGGAUGUGGACGUGGACAUGGAAGUGGACAUGGAUGUGGACGUGGACGUGGACGUGGACGUGGACAUGGACGUGGACGUGGACGUGGACGUGGAUGUGGACGUGAACGUGUACAUAGACGUGGACAUGGACGUAGACGUGGAGGACUUGGACGUGGACGUGGACGUGGACGUGGAUGUGGACGUGGACGUGGAGGUGGACGUGGACGUGGACGUGGACGUGGACGUGGACGUGGACGUGGACAUGGACGUGGACGUGGACGUGGACAUCGACGUGGACGUGGACAUUGUCGUGGACGUGGAUGUGGUCGUGGACGUGGACGUGGACGUGGGCGUGGACGUGGAGGACGUGGACGUGGACGUGGACGUGGACGACGUGGACCUGGACGUGGACGUGGACGUGGACGUGGACGUGGAAGUGGAGAUGGACGUGGACGUGGACGUGGACGUGGACGUGGACAUGGACGUGGACGUGGACAUGGACGUGGACGCGUGGUUGUGGACGUGGACGUGGACGUGGACGUGGUCACGUGGACGUGACGUGGAUGUGGACAUUGUCGUGGACCUGGACAUUGUCGUGGACAUGGACGUGGACGUGGUCGUGGACGUGGACGUGGUCGUGGACGUGGACGUGGACGUGGACGUGGACAUGGACAUGGACGUGGACGUGGACAUGGACGUGGACGUAGACGUGGACGUGGACGUGGACAUGGACAUGGACAUGGACGUGGACGUUGACGUGGACGUGGACGUGGAGGACUUGGACGUGGACAUGGACAUGGACGUGGACGUGGACGUGGACGUUGACGUGGACAUGGACGUGGACGUGGACGUGGACGUGGACAUGGACGUGGACGUGGACAUGGACGUGGACGUGGACGUGGAUAGGGAAGUGGACCUGGACGUGGACGUGGACAUGGACGUGGACAUGGAUGUGGACGUGGACAUGGACGUGGACAUGGAUGUGGACGUGGACGUGGACGUGGACGUGGACAUGGACGUGGACGUGGAUGUGGACAUGGAUGUGCACAUGGACAUUGACAUGGACGUGGACGAUGACGUGGACGUGGACGUGGACAUGGACGUGGACGUGGACGUGUACGUGGACGUGGACGUGGACGUGGACAUGGAUGUGGACGUGGACGUGGACAUGGAGGUGGACGUGGACGUGGACGUGGACGUGGACAUGGAGGUGGACGUGGACGUGGACGUGGACGUGGACGUGGACAUGGACGUGGACGUGGACAUGGACGUGGACGUGGACGUGGACGUGGACAUGGACGUGAACGUGGACGUGGACGUGGACAUUGUCGUGGACGUGGACGUGGACGUGGACGUGGACGUGGUCGUUGGAGAUGGACGUGGACGUGGACGUGGAGGUGGACGUGGACGUGGACAUGGACGUGGAUGUGGACAUGGACGUGGACGUGGACAUGGACGUGGACGCGUGGUCGUGGACGUGGACGUGGACGUGGAUGUGGUCGUGGACUUGGACGUGGACGUGGACGUGGACGUGGACGUGGACGUGGACAUGGACGUGGACCUGGACGUGGACGUGGACGUGGACGUGGACAUGGACGUGGACAUGGACGUGGACGUGGACGUGGAUGUGGACAUUGUCAUGGACGUGGACGAAGACGUGGACGUGGACGUGGUCGUGGACGUGAACGUGGACGUGGACGUCGACGUGGACGUGGACAUGGACGCGGACGUAGACGUGGAUGUGGACAUUGUCGUGGACCUGGACAUUGUCGUGGACAUGGACGUGGAAGUGGUCGUGGACGUGGUCGUGGACGUGGACGUGGACGUGGACGUGGACGUGGACAUGGACAUGGACGUGGACGUGGACGUGGACAUGGACGUGGACGUAGACGAGGAUGUGGACGUGGACAUGGACAUGGACAUGGACGUGGACGUGGACAUGGACAUGGACAUGGACGUGGACGUAGACGUGGACGUGGACAUAGACAUGGACGUGGACGUGGACGUGGACAUGGACGUGGAGAUGGACGUGGACGUGGACGUGGACAUGAACGUGGACAUGGACGUGUAA